AGGGAGAGGGAGAGCGAGUGAGGCUGGUGGGAGGGGGUGAUGGAGAAUGCAAGAGACUGAGGGAUUAUGAAGAGAGAACGAGACCGAGACAGACAGCGAGAGAGAGUGAGAGUGAGAGAGAAACAGAGGUGAGGCACGCAGACCAGGAAGCGAGACACACACUUAGCAUACGCAGGUGGACGAAGGAAAGAUAUAGUGGGUCUGAUAUAGAGGCAAGUACACAGAGGCUCAAUGCCAGCGAGUAGGACAGAGGGGAAAAGAGAGGGAGAGAGAAGGGAGAGAAGGAGAGGGAAAGAAAAAAGAGAGUGGUAUAGAGAAGGGAGGUAGAGAGGGAGCAAGAUAGAUAAAGAGGGACAGAGGGGGAGAGAGGGGGAGAGAUUGGACGAUAGAGGACGUGAGGAACGGGGAGUAAAGAAGGGAGAAGAGAGAGGAUAGUGGGUUUGGGACGGAGAGAGAGAGAGAGAGAGAGCGAGAGAAGAGAGGCAGAGAGAGCCCGAGGUAGCGUGGGACAUUAAAGGGACCGGCGAAGGGCAGACCGAAUGGCAUUGAUCCCUGGGAGCUGCAGCCGGCUGGCGGCCCGCAUGGCGUCCUACUGCUGCUGCUGCUGCUGCCGACCGCUGCUGCUGCUCUCGCCCUGCUGCGGAGCCUUCAUCCAGGCCUGCCUCUCCUCCUUCACAGACAUCUCCCCGGCGGAGCUGGAUGCUCUAUGGAGGGAACAACCGUACGCCCUGGGAGGAAGCAACGAUCACUUCCCAGGAAAUUACAUCAUGACUAAAGGGUUAGAGGAGGGGGACGGGGAGGAGGGUCCGGGGGGUGACUCAGAGGAAGGGGGCUUUGAGCCGACCAGCUACUGGAAGCGGAAGGAAGCCCUGCUCCAGAGCAGUACUGUAUCACUGGGCGUGGGGGAGAAAUUCUUCUCAGAAAUCUUGCUGGUGUUCAGCGGGCGGAGGCGGUCCACGGAGGUUCCCGACUCGUCCCUCCAGGAAGCCCUUCGGACUAGACUCAGAGUGGUGGAGAGCAACAGCCAGGACGUCAUCCAGCUCUUUAAGGACUUAUCUGCCCGCCUGGUGUCUGUCCAUGCUGAGAAAGACAGCUUUCUGCUUACCUUCAAGACCGUGGAAGAGGUCUGGAAGUUUUCAACCUACCUAGCACUAGGUUACGUAGCACGGUGUUUGGAGAACUUCCUGUUCGACCAUACCUUCUGGCUGGACCCAGAGCUGCUCAGUGACCUGGAGAUCAACGUGUCGGUGGAUGAGGAGCACCUGGCCACCCUCUACCUAGGCCUGGUGGUCCAAGAAGGCUCCUUCUUCGCCAAGGCCCUGUGCAGGAGCAGUAAUCAGGAUGAGGAGUAUGAGGUGGAAGAGGAGCUGUCCUUCGAGAGGAAUGACCUGUUGAUGGUGAGGGACACCGGGCAGGAGGGCAUGUGGGAGGGAACGCUGCUCUCCACUGGGCUCCACGGCUUGGUGCCCGUCAAAUCCAUGCAGCCCCUGCCUUACCCCUUCUACCAGUGGUUCCUGAGGAAGUACCCAGGGAUGGCUGGAUGCUCGCCAGCUGACAAGGAACACUUUGAAUACCCUAUUGUGAGCGGUACGUGUGUGGCCGUGGAGGACCACAGUCCGCUGGGGCGGGACGAGCUCCAGCUGAAUAAAGGAGAUGUGGUGGAGAUCCAGGGCUUGCUGGUCCGAGGCCUGGACAUGUUCAUCGGCACACAGACAUCCACGGGACAAACUGGCUUCGUACGCAAGGCCCACGUUAGGCCUCUGGACGUUGUCCCACUAGACGGACAAUUGGUCUUUCUGACGGAGGAGGAGAGGGCCGCUCUUGCCCAGGUUAACCCCUGCAGCCCGGAGCCCAGCGAACCCAGCAGCCUGCUGGAGAGCCUGUUCUCAUCCGACAUCAGCUCUGUGUACAGGCUAGACAGAUUGGAUGAUUGUGACUUCAUGUACAUUAGAAACCGACCCAAACAAGACCACAAAGCCCUCGCCAGCGCCCGGCAGAGCGUCAUCUCGGAGCGGAGCGCGGGCACGCCGUCCUUCCCCCACCACCGCUCCACCUUCUCCCUGCCCUCCCCGCGGGCGCCCGUCUCCCCCCUGUCCCGCUCUCCGCGGCCCGCCUCCUACCACCCCGCCUUCAGCUCCCUGCGGCCCGGGCACGCCGCCGCCGACGCCGCCGCCGACGCCGACGCCGCGGCCGAGCCGCUGUCCUUCGCCCCGGAGGACACCUUCAGGGAGCUGGACGAGCUCCAGGAGGACCCGGCGUUCUACCUGGAGGACCGCGGCUGGGAGGGGGAGGAGGCGGCGGCCGCCGAGCUCAGCGACCCCACCCUCGACCUGCUGGACCACCCCGAGUUCCAGGAGGGCUUCGCUCCGCUCUACGACCUGCAGCACUCCUUCCUGGAGAUGACCUUCGGCGGGAGGAGCGAGGGGGAUCUGCUGAGCCACCUGGAGAGCGUCCGCGAGGCCGCCAAGCGGACCGGGAGGCACUGGGCACACAGGAGAGCGUGCUUCCUCCUGGGGAGGCUCUGUGCCAGGAGGAACAAAUACUCCCAGGCGCGCGUCUACUACGAGGAGGCCAUGAGCGUCGGCGUGGACGGCUUCUCCGACACGCCCCUCCUCCACGCUCUCUACAUCAACCUCACCGCCGUGUACCUCAAGCAGCGCAUGACCGACAAGCUGCCCCACACCCUGGAGAAGGCCUGCGCCAUGCUCCUGGGUUCCCCCGGCCACGCCUUCUCCUCCCUGGACGAGGUGGAGCUCCUCAACCUGCUGCUGCGGCGGUCGGUGGUGCAGGGCGACAAGCACCUGGAGGCCCGCGUCUGCUACCUGGCCUCCAGCCUCUUCCUGCGGCUGGGGAAGGCGGACGACGCGCUGCCCUUCAUCGAGCGCCUGCAGUUCCUCAUGCUGACGCUGUCGGACGUCGAGGGCCGGCCCGCCAUCGCUCCCUUGGACCUGAACUGGCUGCUCAGCCAGCUCUACCACCGCAAGUACGUGCCCUUCCUGGCGCUGGCCGCGCUGAGCCUGGACUCCAGGCAGGACCACUCCCUCCCGGACGCCUUCCACAGGGUGGAGCUCUUCGUCAGGAACUCGGGCCGCCUGAACCCUCGCUGGAGGGAGGGCACGGCCCUGCUCCCCGCCCACAUCGUGGUGUACCUCCAGCAGGCCCUGGCCGUGGCCGAGCAGGGGAGGGACUGGAAGACCCAGAGGGACCUGUGCCUGGGGCUGGCGUCCGUCUACCAGCAGCACGGUGUGCUGGAGAAGGCGGUGGGCUGCGCCCAGCAGGCGGUGGAGACGGGGGGGUACAUCAACGAGGAGGAAGGGUUCCAGGCGUCCGUGCAGCUGGGCUGGCUGCUGGUGUUGACGGGCCAGACGGACCGGGCCCUGGACACCCUGGAGCCGCUGCUCACCUCUCUACAGGGGUCCGACAGCCCCACGCAGCGAGGGGUGAUCCACAACCUGCUGGCCCUGUGUCUCAGGCGCCAGGCCGGGGUCCCAGAGGCCGGCCGCCACCUCCACCGGGCCCUGGCCAUCGCUCGGGAGAGCGGGAACGAGAGGAACCAGGCCCUGGCGCUGGCCAACCUGGGCUGCCUGGCCAUCGACACUGGGGCCUCCUGCCUGGCUGAACGCUACCUGAUCAGAUCCUUACGUCUCUUCUGGGAUCUUGCGGAGAGCCCUUCAGAGGAGGAGCAUGUGCAGACGUACAUGUGGUUGGGGCGGAGCUACAAGGACACUGGGAGGAGUCGAGAUGCCAGGGCUUGUUAUGAGCUAGGGCUGCUGAUCGCCUUACACGCCAAAAACCUGCAUGGCCAGAUGGUAGUUGCCAAGGUGCUGAGCCGUCUCUACGCAGACAUGCUGCUGUACGGCCAGAGCAUCAUCUACUACGAACACUGUGUGUCCGUGUCGCGCCAGCUGAAGGACAAGCGGCUGGAGGGGGAAUAUCUGGAGAUCCUGAGUAGCCUCUACCUCUCACUGAACACAGAGAAGUCAUCUCGUAAAUCUCUAGACUACACCAAGCAGAGCCUGAGGAUCUCCAUCGACCUCGGCAAGAGAGAGGAGGAGUCCGAGACCUGGCUCCAGGUGGGCCGCAUCUACUACCUCAUCCACGAGGACGAGCUGGCGGACAUGUACCUCCAGGCUGCGGUGAAGACUGCACUUAGGAUGAAUGACCCUCAUUUUGCCAUGAGUAUCUACGAGGAGGCGGGGGACGUGUUCUUCAAGGGCCAUAGGAGCCGCAUGGCUUCACUGCCCUUCUUCAGGGACGGCAGCCUUCCGUUCGCCCGCAGCAUCCGAGACGUUCACUCGGAGUUCCGCCUGCUGAGUAAGCUGACCGAGCUGCUGAUGACACAAGGCGACCAGGAGGAGGCGCUGCAGUACGCCACACUGGCCGUUCAGAUCGCCAGCAAAACAGGGGUGAGCGUGAACGAGCGUACUGCCUACCACCGCCUGGCUACGGUGUGCUACCGCCUGCAGCAGUACGAGCUGGCCGAGAACUACUACCUCAAGUCCCUGUCGCUCUGCCCCUCCCCGGAGGUGAUGCACCCCGUCCAGGCCCGCUACUUCACCCGGGUGUACACACGCCUUGGGGACCUCACGCUCUACCAGCUCAAGGACGCCUUCGACGCGGUGGGCUACUUCCACCUGGCCCUGGCAGCGGCCCUGGAGGACCAGACCCAGCCCCGGGCGCUGUACGUGGUCUACAUGAAGCUGGCCGAGAUCCACGCCCACCACUUGCCGGACCCCCAGCUGUGCCACACCUACAGAGACCGGGCCCACAGCCUGAGGCGGGUGCUGGCGGGGGAGGAGUCCCCCCGUUGUGGGAGAGAGGGAGGGACCCCCGGGGAGGUGUCGGGCGGGACGGGGGAGCGAGGCGACGUGGCCCGUCAAGCCGUCUGCUGUUGUGCGGCGGAGAACCGAGAGACGGAGUGCGCCAAGGAGGACGAGGUUUUCGGCGACGGCGAGCCAGAGACGGGGGACGACUCGGUGAGGACUCUCACGGAGACGGAGUGGGCCGACUGUGUGACCGGAGAGGAGGAAGAGGAGGAGGAGGAGGAGAGGAGGAAGAGGAGGAGGAGGAGGGAGGGACUUUCCGAAGGCCGCGGUGUGUGCACGGCCAUCCGCCUCCGCCAGUCGGCCUCCGACAGCGCGCACACCGAGUCCUUCGCCACGGCCAGGGAGCACGUCACGGACUCGGCCCCCGAGAGUCGGAGCGACCCGAACCCCCACAGCGAUGCGGACACCGGGAACAUCAGCCACGGAGCGUCGGGCGACAUCGAUUCCAUACCGGUCGACCUCCCGGCCCUCGCCCAAACCCCAGAUGGAGCCGGAACGGGCCGGGAUGUGGACGAUACAGGAAGGGGCUGGGACCAAGACGUGGAUGUUUGUCAUGGAGUGGCCGACGACGACGUCACUGGGAUUCUAAAGGGCGUUGGCGGUACGGGUGGCGGUGGUGUCGGAGGCAGUCCGUCUAAUAUUGACCAAAAACAGAGUUUGAACAACGGCUGUAGCCCGGCCAGCAAUGCACCGGCUGGUACCCGCACGAUGGAGUCUGUGAGCGAGGGCGUGGAGGACGUGAACAAACACAUGGACUUGGAGCACGUGUACACAUAGCCUGUAAGGUGGCACGUUAAACGCUUUAUGCCUGGUUCCUAAGUGGUUGAUUAACAGAAAACUGUUUGAUGUGUGUCUGUUUGUAAUGAUCCGAAACAUUUGCACUUGUAGAAAUACAAACGAUAUUAUGUAUGCUUGUGUAAAUGUAGAAUUUUCCGAGAUUCCUUUAUAUCCACCCGGCCGUUGAAGAAAGCAUAAGCCUGUUGUAAGUUUUUUGUAAAUACAUUUUUCAACUCAAAAAAAUGCCUUAAGGUAUGUGUAGUGGCGAUUUGUCCUUUAAUAAAACAAUAACUUGAAAAUUAAGAAAUCAAACAAAGCAACGUAAUCAAAAUAGCUACUGAGGCACCAGGGGGGACGAAUCUUACGCAGUGCAGGGGGAAAAAAGCAGUAUGAAUGACAUCACUCCGCAUCGAGCUGUGUUUCUACUACAGUUUUUCUCAGUCGCUUUGGUACAUUUCUCAGAUCAGAAUUGAAAUUUGCAAAACAGUUGGUGAAUUUCUCAAAACAAUUCGUACAAAUAGCAAACCACCAUGGAUUUCAUGCAAAAGCCAUUCUCUUGCUCAAAAUCCUUAGUUAGUUUCUCAAAAGUAAAUAUCUGUGCCAAUGAACAUGUCAGUGCCAUCACAAUGACAAGUCCUUGUGUCAUUGUGUACGGAUAAGACAGUCAAAUUGCUUAGUCAUGUUGUCAAUAUAACAGUCUACUCUGGAGGGAUGUUCUGAUGUAAACUAUGGCUAAAGCUUUGAAGAAAAUUAUUGUAAAUUAAUGUAAGUUACACCUUAGUGUAUGUGGGAGAUUGAUUGCAGGAGACUGGACUAGAUUCACAUUUACGCUUUGACUGUUUGUACUGCAAUUUGUUGACAGACCAUGUCAUUGCAAGAA